AAACGGCAGGAUUAUUAUUUCCGAGUCUAAGGAAUGAUUUGGGUUUUUUUAUUUGUCAUCUAGAUUCUCUGAAUCUUAGUUGGGGCAGGGUUAGGGUUAUAAAUUAAGAUUUUCAUUCUUUGUUUUCUCAGGCGACGGCCAUGGCUGAACUCUGCCCCAAUUCUCAAACAGAUGAACAAAUUGUUAAAAAACGAAGAAUUUCUGAUACAAAUUCGGACGAUCCAACAUCCCGAUUCCCCGAUCAUGUUCUCCAUUUGAUUUUUUCCUAUCUUAAAUCUCAAGACCUCUUUACUGUCCGCCUUGUUUCCAAGAAUUGGCAUCGCAACACACCUUCAUACUUUCCUCUCGAAUUUGAGGAAUCAAACACUCCAAAUACACCCUCUAACGUGAUACAGGAAUCACAUAACAAGUUCUUAGAAUGGAUCCGUUCUUCUCUCGAAACUUGUCAAUCUGAGUUAAAAAAGGCGGAGAAAAGGAUAAUUCGGGUUCAAUUUGAGCGUCAUGAGAAUAUCAACGAUUUGUUGGAAUUGAUCAACGAAAUUGAUUUUCAUGAGGUAUAUUUGAGAUUUGGGUGUUUUAAUUACUGGAUUCCGUUUAUUUUUCAGUCGAAAUGUCUUAGAGUUGUUCAUCUAACUAGAGGUGGAAUUGAUAAGCAUUUGUUUAGUGAUGAAACGAAUUUUGUUUGUUUGGAAGAAGUAGAAUUAGAUAGCGUCAAUUUAAGUGGAGAAACUCUGUCAAAGUUUAUUAGUAAGUGCCCUAAUAUUAGAGAAUUGAAAUUGGUGAAUUGCAUGGUGUUAAGGUCUGUUGUGUUACCUAAAGUAGAUCGUUUGAAGAAGCUUUAUGUGCAGUUGGUAGGUUCUUAUCCUUCUAUUACCGACGUACAAGUUAUUGCCCCGAGUUUACAAGUGUUCCAUUUUGUUCAAUUUAAUAGAUGCAAUGUUGCAGUUAAUAUGGAUAUUCGUGCUUGUAGAAUGUUGCGGGAAUUUCACUUGGAAUGUCCCACAUUUCCGGUUGGUUUUGAUCAUGAACACUUCAUUUCAGAUUUUCCUCAUCUUGAAAAUCUGAUCCUUGGUCCUUGUGAGACGUCUAAGCGUGUCAAAAUUUCGAGUCCAUCACUUAGGAAAUUAACCUUAAUGUUCACACAACUGUAUAAUUAUAAUUAUUCAAGGAAAAGUGUUGUUUCAGUUCCAAAUUUAUGUUCUUUCCAAUACGUCGGUAGAACAUUUAAAUCAUCUUUAGCUCCGAGUGAAACUCGAAAGUUGUUGAAGACCAUCGGCAUUUCUUUGGUUCCUCAUGUUGAGAAGAUCAAUAGAGCUUGGUUCCUCCAAUUGAGAAGUCAUCUUACAAAACUCAACAACCGUAUUGGAUUGGCCUUAACCAUUCGUGAUCAGACAAGUUUUUCUGCACUGGGUAAACGAGGGCAUAAAUUGUGGAGCAUAUCAAUUGGACGAAUUCCAACACAAGUGGUACCUCAUAUCGGACACUUAAAGCUAGACAUAAGGUUCAAAGUUCCAGAGGAAUCCCAUGGGUGCUUGCUGAAAUAUAUAAUUGAUAACUUACUUUGGAUGUCUCAUCCAAAUGUAUUGACUCUAUCAAUGCCAACUAGUUUUGCUGCAUUUGCACUUGGAAUCUGCAACGAGUUUCUCAUAAGCAGAAGGGAAGACAACUGCUGUGCAGAUACCCAGAACAAGUGCUGGCGCCAUUUCCUAAAGGAUUUCAAGGUUAGGGAGCUAGUUACCAAUGAAAAGGAAGAGACAAAGAAGUUCAAUUUCAUAUUUACUUGGCAAUUAUGAAGUUAAGUCACUCUCUUUUCUGUUGGCCAAAUUGAGAUACUUUGUAGUAAGACAUAUGUGUUUUGAGUAAAUGCAAAUUAUACCAUAUAUUUUGCCUUAAGACAUACGUGUUUCGAGUAAAUGCAAAUUAUACCAUAUAUUUUACCUUA